ACCGGCCGGUAACGGCAACGACGACGAUGGCGGCGGCGGUUGGUCCCGCGGUUUGGCUGCUGGUCCUCGCGCUCGGCUCGACGCCCAGAGGCGGCAGCGGUGCCGCCCGGGUCCCGCUACUCGCCUGGUCCACGGAGGCCUCCUUGUUCGGUUCGCAGGCUGCUCCCAGUGAGGGUCAUGUUCUCUCCGGCCUGCAGAUGGCCGCCUAUCUCAACCCCGCUCUAGCCAAGGGCCCCAAGACCAUCGUCUUGUUCCUUCAGGACAAGCUCAGUGUCGACGACUUCACCGCGUACGGUGGUGUGUACGGGAACCGGCAGGACAGCGCCUUCCCCAGCCUGCAGGCAGCCCUGGAUUCCUCUGCCUCCUCGCUGGUCCUGCCUGCAGUUGACUGGCGCGCCGCCACCACUCUGCUCCCCACCCUGCAGGUGGCUGUGGGUGCUGGACCCCUCUACGUGGACCAGCUGACCAUCCGGGAGCUCAGGCUCAACGCCAGUGUCCCCUCCCUACUGGUCGUCAACUUGCCCUACACCUCGAGCUCCAUCCUGAUCCGUCCAAAGGAAGCUCUAACUGCCAACGACAACAUCGUGGGGAAGGUGCUGGAAGUUCUGAAACGGGAGGGGGUCCCGUUUACAGCCGUUCUCACCGGCUCCAGACCAUCCCGGGUGUCUGUGGGUGACGUGGACCAUUGGGGAUGUCCUCGCGGAGGCUGCUGGAGGUGGGGUCGGAGGUUGGGGGCAGCCGGGACCCCCCACCCACCGCUUGGCCUACAACUAGAGCGGAGC